AUGCGUUCUAAACUCAGACGUGUCAGUGGGGCAAAAGCCUUUAGCAGCUGCAGCAUCAGGGACUUUGGAACCUUCCUGGAGCGGAACAGGGGCUGCCCUUUCAUCAGGCACGCUCUGCCUCAGCCUUCCUACCGCGCGACCGUCUGCGGCAACGGCGUGGUGGAGCCCGGCGAGCAGUGCGACUGCGGGGUGACGGAGACCUGUGCGCUGGACAAAUGUUGUACUGCCCAGUGUAACUUCAAACCAGGAAUGAAGUGCUCCCUGGGAUUGUGCUGUGAAAAUUGCCAGUUCAAGCAGAAGAACUCGCAGUGCCGCCCCCCCGCCGACGCGCAGUGUGACCUGGCCGAGUUCUGCAACGGGUCCUCCGCGUCCUGCCCCCCCGACCUGUACGUGCAGGACGGGCACGAGUGUGAGCACGGCACCGGCUACUGCUACAAGGGACGCUGCCGGUCUCCGGACCUGCAGUGCCAGGCACUCUACGGGAGAGGUGCAAAAAAUGCUCCUUUGGCUUGCUAUGAAGAAGUCAACAGCCAGCAGGAUAGGUUUGGCCACUGUGGCAACCACCCGAAGGAUGGCUAUCAGCCCUGUUCCUGGCCGAAUCUGGGAUGCGGAAAGUUAGUAUGUACGUACCCGAAUCGUAUUCCCUUCACAAAAGUCAAGGGUGCCGUAAUUUAUGCUCAAGUGCAAGAACAUCUGUGCGUGUCUUUCGAUUUUAUGCACAGACCAACAGCAUUAGAUCCUCUCCUGGUGAAAGAAGGCACAAAAUGCGGUCCCAAAAAGGUUUGUAUGAAUGGCACGUGCCGCCCACAUUCAGUCCUGAAGUAUGACUGCAACGUGCAGAGAAAAUGCCACGGGCACGGAGUGUGCAAUAACAAGAAGAACUGCCACUGCGAUCCGGGCUGGAACCCCCCCCAGUGCAAGACUCGGGGAUCCUCUGUAGGCGGCAGCAUCGACAGCGCGCUGGGCCCCGGUGAGUGCCGAGCUGGGCUUUGGGUGCCCCGUGGGUUUCCUGGGUGCGAAGGCAGCUCCCGUGGCCCCGCAAACGGCCUCGUCGGGCUCGCAGCUGAACAGACGGCCCGUGGCAUCGCCUGGCCCUUACUCGGAGCUGUGUCUUUGCUUCUCUCCCUAGAUCGUAUCGCAAAAAGCUCUGCCCCAGCCGUGCUGAAGAACUGGCUGCUGCUGAGCUUCGGCAGUGUCCUCCUCGCCCUGGUCUGUGGCGCACUUGUGAUUACGAAGUGGAGCCGGCUGAAAAGGUUCUGUGCAAGGAGGGGAUCACACGUGGACGGCCCCGCCGCCGAGGAGGGCAGCGACGGCCGGGACACGGACACGGCCACGGACCCACCCUCGGACCGGGAGCCGGACCGGGACCCGCAGCCGGAGCCGGGGCGGUGCCGCGGGCGCUAA